CAGAUGUCUGUUGCUUAACAAAGAAGAAGGAUACCAGAAAUAUCACAUCUAAAAUGAAGCUGAACAAAGAGUCGUAGUGAACAUCCAAGAAUCUGGAGGCACAGGUUCAGCAUCCACUACCAUGGUGAACCAAGACCCCACCAACCCCUCCCAUGCCCUCUUUGACCAGUUUGUCCAGACCCAGACCUGUAAGGAGGUGCAGCGUACCUUCUCAGAGCUCUGCCACCACCUACAAUUGGACCCCCGGGACUACCAGAGAUUCUACACCAAGCUCAAGGAGAGGCUCAACUACUGGAAGGCCAAAGCCCUCUGGAUCAAGCUGGACAAGCGGGCCCAACACCAAGAUUACCAGCAGGGCAAAGUCUGUGCCAAAACCAAGUGCCUGGUGCUGGGUGCAGGGCCGUGCGGGCUGAGGACAGCCAUAGAGCUGGCUCUGCUGGGGGUUCAGGUGGUGGUACUGGAGAAGAGGGACUCUUUUUCCCGGAAUAACGUACUGCACCUCUGGCCUUACACCAUCUAUGACCUGCGCGGGUUGGCUGCCAAGAAGUUCUACGGCAAAUUCUGCACUGGGGCUCUGGAUCACAUCAGCAUCCGUCAGCUCCAGCUGAUACUACUGAAGGUGUCUCUCCUCCUGGGGGUGGAUGUUAACACUGGGGUGGAAUUCAAAGGCUUUGUGGAGCCCUCAGAAGCCACAGGCUGGAUGGCCAAGCUGUUUCCUGACGAUCACCCUGCUGGGAAGUUCCAGUUUGAUGUCUUCAUCUCUGCAGGAGGAGGACGCUUUGUCCCUGAUGGCUUCAGGUGGAAGGAGCUGCGAGGAAAACUGGCCAUCGGCAUCACAUGUAACUUCAUCAACCAUCACUCAGCAGCCGAGGCCCAGGUGGCAGAGAUCAGUGGUGUGGCCCGCAUCUACAACCAGAAGUUCUUCCAGGACCUGCUCACAGAGAAAGGUAUUGAUCUGGAGAACAUAGUCUACUAUAAAGAUGCCACCCACUACUUUGUCAUGACUGCCAAGAAAAAGAGCCUGUUAAAGAUGGGGGUCAUUAAACAGGACUUCAGCGACGCCAAUCAGCUCCUGGGCCAGGCCAACGUGGACCAGGACGCCUUGUUGCGUUACGCCCACGGCGCUGCCCACUUCUCCACAGGCCACCGGCUGCCCAACAUGCAGUUUGCCCUGAACCACGCUGGCCAGCCUGACGUGGCCAUGUUUGACUUCACCUGUAUGCACCGUGCUGAGAACGCCUCGCUGGUCAGGGAGAGGAAAGGAAAGAAACUACUCAUGGGCCUGGUCGGAGACUGCCUGGUGGAGCCAUUCUGGCCUCUGGGAACAGGUAUUGCCCGUGGGUUUCUGGCUGCCUUCGACACAGCGUGGAUGGUCAGGAGCUGGGGCAAGGGAAAACCCCACCUGGAGGUCAUUGCUGAACGGGAGAGUAUCUACCAGCUCCUGUCCCAGACCACGCCAGAGAACAUCAGUAAAAACUACAGUGCCUUUAGCAUAGACCCGACUACACGCUACCAGCACGUCAACCUCAACUCCAUCAAGGCCAACCAGUUGCAACAUCUGUAUGAUGUUGAAGACCAUAUUGAUUUGGGCCGACCAACCAAGAAGCAGAAAGGCAUGUUGUCUCACCUGCGACAAGAUUCGGUUGGAGCUUUUGAGGAGCUGUUGAAGUGGUGCCAGCAGCACACGGCAGGGUACGACAGGGUGAAGGUGAAGGAUCUGACCCAGUCCUGGAGGUCUGGCCUGGCCUUGUGUGCCCUCAUCAACACCUUCAGACCCCAUCUUAUUGACAUGUCCUCUCUGAAGGAGUCUGAUUCGGUCCACAACAACCAGCUGGCCUUCAGCCUCCUGGAGGAAGAGCUGGGCAUCCCUCCCAUCAUAUCAGCCAGUGACAUGGCCACCAAGGAACAGAUAGAUAAGCUCUCCAUGGUGCUCUACCUCACACAGAUCCACGAUGCCUUCAACGAAAGGACGCCCACUAGAGCAGAACCCCCGAGCCUUCUCCUGACACCGUCCAAGACCCUGUCUUUUCAGGCUGUGUUCUUCCUCAACAAGCUCAAGCACAACUCUCUGCAAAGACGCAAGGAGAGACUGGCAGCCGAGACAGAAGAAAAAGAUAAAAGGAUGAGGAUGGGAGAUGAGGAAGAUCCUGUAGCCCCUCUCGCAGCCCCUGAGGUGACCCCUGACCCUGAACUAAGCCCGACGUCAAUGAACAACGAGGAGUGUUACUUCUGCGGCCAGCGGGUCUAUGUGCUGGAAAGGAUCAGUACUGAGGGCAAGUUCUUCCACCGUAGCUGCUUCACCUGCCAGCAGUGUGGCACCACCCUCAGACUUGGCAGAUAUACCUUUAGCCAGCACACGGGGAAGUUCUACUGUGAUCUGCACUCUGAACAGCUAGAGAUAGAGAACAGGGAACAAUCCCCAUCCGUUAAGGAUAACAUCGGAGAUCACGAGGAGGAGAAAGGUGUGAAUUCAAUCACCAGUGAAGACCCCUCACCUUGUCCCUCUGAGGACGAUGAGUACUAUCUAGACUCAGGUCCUCCUAAACCCAUGGAGCCUCUGCAUCCUCCGAGUCAGGAAGACCCCAGUAGCAAACAACCUAACCCUGUAGAGGAGCCCCCUGUCUCACCAAAACCACCCAUAGACAUUUUCAUAAAGAAAGGGUUUGAGGACUGUGAGGUGGAGGAAGAGGGGAAGGAGGGGGGUGAGGAUGCCCCCUCGGAUCCUCUGACCCCUGUCCCAAAACCUCGCCAAGCUCGCUCGGCCAUCCCAAAUCCUCAGACCUCCCCUCCUGUACCCAAACCACGCACCGUCCUCCUCACCCCAAAAAGGGACACGUCACCAGCCCAUGUAGGGGAGAAGGGGUCCUCCAGGGCAGCAGGAGAGAAAGGGACCCCCAAGGCAGCCCCUGACUCCAGGCCGAAGCCAUCCCUGCGGAAGCUGCAGCUAACCGACGAGGAGAAGAACCACCUAGUCAACUUGAGCUUCAGCCUGGACUCUGACUCGGAGACACCCGGUUCUUCCUCCUGCUCCUCUUCCUCAGCCACAGCAGGGGGUCCCUGCCCACCCAAACCCCCAGGUGCAGACGGCCAGGAGGAGGAGGGCUACUGGAGUGGGGGCCCUGGCGCGGGGGGACACAUACGGGAGCACAGGAACCGCCGCUGCUUCAGGAGGAAAGAGGAACCAGCGGAGGGCCAGGGUCAGCACGCCAGGGUCCGCUCCAAGUUCUCCCCCUGGAACUUGUCCUCCCCUCGGCUGGGGAGGGACCAACGCUUCAGCGUCCUCAACAGCCACCCAGAAGUACACCAUGGCCACAGUGUAUCUGAGGAAGAUGGUGCUGAUGAUGAUGAUGAUGAUGAUGAGGAGGAUGAGUUGGAUAUGUUUGCACCAGAUGGCUUGGAUUUAUAUGAUGAUAAGUUCCAGACCAUCCCUUCAGACCCUGUGGAGGCUGAGAAACUGGAGCUGUUGAAGAUGAGGACAUUGGAUCGACGGGCCAAGACGUGUGAGAUGCAGCGCUUCCACAAAGCACAGUCUAUUCAGAGACGCCUGGAGGAGAUUGAGGUGACGUUUAAAGAGCUGGAGGAUAAAGGUGUGGUGUUGGAGCAGGUACUCCGAGGAGAGGAAGGCAGUGGAGGUUCCCCUGAGAUGAUCGACCAGUGGAUCCAUCUGGUCCAUCAGAAGAACGCCUUGGUCUCUGAGGAGUCAGACCUCAUGGUGGCGUCUCGACAGCUGGAGUUGGAGGAUAAACAGAGCAUGCUGGAGAUGGAGCUCAGACAAUACAUGGAGCUGGAUGACUCUGAGAAGACGGCAGAGCAGCAGGGAGAAGAGGACCGUGUGCUACAGGAGAUGCUGGAGGUGGUUGACAUGAGGAACUCUCUGGUGUCCUUCCUGGACGAGAAGCGACUCAAGGAGAUCGAGAGUGACAAGCAGCAGGCCAUCUCGCUGCUAGAGGCCAAGAGACACUCCACAGCCUCAGCAGGGGCACAGGUGCACUGGGCGUGAGGGUGACACACACACACAUUUAUAUAUAUAUAUAACUGCUAAAAUGAAGGAAACACUUGAGUAAAUGAGGGAUGCAAAGUAUAUUGAAAGCAGGUGCUUCCA